AUGGAUAGAGAUAGGAAGUACGCUAUGAGAUUUAGGCUUAGGAAAGAGCUGGAGAAGAGGAAGAUGUCUCUAGCAGACGAUUUUCAGUUCAAAAUUUACUCCGUAUUUCAUUUUAAAGAAAAGCCUUGUACAGUUUUUGAAUCAGUUGACAUUGUAAACGUAAUGACCAACAAUCUCAAGGAUCAGAUCUACAAAAAUUUUUCUAAAUGUGGGAGUGUGCAGAUGGCGCUAGCAGAUGAGAGGAAGAACAACGACAUCAUCGGCAACAACUACAACGACAACAUCAGUAGCGUCAACAACAACAUGAUUAGUGAGGCUGAUGAUAUGUUUAGUAAGGAUAUCGUGCAGUUGCAUCUUACUAGAUGGAUGCCUCAUGUUGAAGAUAGGCACGGACAGGCCUCCAGCGUUGAUUUCCUUCUCUGCCCUCGUAGUGACGUCACAAAAAUCGAAUGCCGCCUGUUCUCAAGAUGGAGAGAUCAGCCUUUGCAAGCUUAUUUACCAUUGCAAUGCAAGUUCAUCUUGCAUGCUGAAGAGUGGAACAAAAAACUACAGAAACUUACUACUACUGCUACUACUACUACUACUAAUAUUUCUACGUCUGCUGCUACUACUACUAUUGACUCAAGUGAUGUAAAGACGAAAAAAUUGUUGAUGGCUGGAUCGGUUGAAAAAAUCGUAGCCAACGAGAAUAAAGAUAUGUUCAUAUUCGUUAAGAAGCAUCAAGUACAGGAUCAGCUGCUGUCGUGGGAACCACGUACCAGUUACGAUGUCCUCAAAGAUUAUUAA